CGUCAAUCUUGAUGGGUUCAAACCCAAUUUAUAAGAGAUAAGAAGGUGCAUGAUGUGUGCGCUAAACCCGUUUUUUACCUCUCGAACGAAUGCACAUGGAGUAUUCGGCUGACGAUCUCACAGCGGCCGGGAUUCUGCAGUACUUUGGGUACAUAUGUACGAUACUAGUUACAUUAUGGACAUAUGAUUAUGUUUGCUCACUUCGCGAAGAGUCGACAUUCCUGCUUCAGUCGCGCUGGACCAAAGUGAAAGCCCUGUACAUCAUCACACGAUACGCCCCCUUUUGUCUCGUCAUCACGAACAUGUAUCUGGCCUUAGUCCCGAACGAGAACGUCAAUAAAUGCCGGAUGUUAAUCGAUAUUUACACAUGUUUUGCAGUGAUAUCACUCACUGGCUCUGAAUGUUUUUUUGUGCUCAGAACAUACGCACUCUGGAGCAGUAAUAGAAUGGUGCUCGUAGCUAUGCUGUCCACCCUUGUGACUAUCAUUGUAUCAUUCGUCAGCCUGUGGUUUACCGCUAUUGCAACUUCUAAUCUUACAAUUAGCGCGAUUCCAGGUAUCACAGGCUGCUACCGGAUCUCGAACACCAUCCAAUUGACCGUGCCGUUUAUUCUCUUGUUCGUGUUCCAACUAGUACUAAUCUCCCUCACACUCAUACGUGCCAUACAGAGCUGGCGGUCAACCAGCGGCCCUCUUCACGCCGUCCUGUUGAAGCAUAACACAUUCUACUAUGUAUGCGGCCUCCGUGAGUCAGAACUUACAUAUAUUUCCCUCAUUGACAAUGAUUAUCAUUCCGAAAGUUCUCUCGGCCGUGAACGUCAUUGUACCAAUGAUAUUUUAUGAUUCUCCAUAUCACUCCAUCCUCGAAGAUUUGGAGGUCUUUAUCCUCGCGAUCCUCGCCACGCGCAUGCA